UAUAUUUUCUGGGUAGAACAGUGCUUGACAUGGCUUCAAGUAUGCUGCUUUGUUAGCUUUUGAAUAUUCAUGGACUAAGGUUUGCUUUCUACUACUACUUGUAGAAGUGGGGAAAAUUUAGAGCUCAUUUGGUAGAGUUCGGUGUCCCAAAAUAGAAAGCUUAUUGAAGAGAGAAAGUGAUUGUAGCUUGCUUUUUCCAGCUUUAGUGGCAAUGAAAUGCAGUGAAUUUGUUUUGAAGAAAAUAAGGUGAAGACUUGAAGCAAGUAUUUUUGCCAAAACCAGAGGGCCACCACUGAAGCCUAAGUAGCAAAAGAGACAGAGAGAUCAAAGUUCAAAAAGAGCCUCAAACUCAAAAGGGUGUACUUUCAACUAUGCCAACAGUGUGGUUCUCUCUGAAGAAAUCCCUCCACUGCAAAUCAGAGCCUUCAGAUGUUCAUGACCCAAAGUCAAGGAAGCAGUUGACAACAAUCUUGACAAGAAAGCCAGGAGGGGGGAGGUCAGGUUGUUCAAGGUCCAUAGCUAAUCUCAAGGAUGUGAUUCAUGGUAGCAAGAGACAUUUGGAGAGGCCACCAAGUAACUGCAGCCCAAGAUCCAUAGGGAGCAGUGAGUUCCUCAACCCAAUAACUCAUGAAGUCAUUUUGAGCAACUCAAGGUGUGAGCUGAAAAUCACAAGCUUUGAUAUUGGCAAUGGCCACAGCAACAAUGGAGGUGGGAAUAGUAGCAAUGGUGGUUCUACAUUUCUGGACACACUGAAGCCAGGCACACCUGGGCCUGGAGGGCACCCUACAAUGCACUAUUUCAACCCUUCUUUUAGGACCUCAGCUGCCUCUACUCCUCCAAGGAAGACCCCUUUUCUGGUUUCUGCAGAUACAGAAGGGUUUGGAAAUUUGAAGGGUUCUUCAGGUUUCAAUUCUGCUAGUGGCAUUGGACUUCGUCAAAGCAAUAGGGUCUCCUUUGAUGGUUCUUCCUCGAUUACUUGUCACAAAUGUGGUGAGCAGUUUACAAAAUGGGAAGCUGCUGAAGCUCAUCAUCUCUCUAAACAUGCUGUUACUGAACUUAUGGAAGGUGACUCAUCUAGAAAAAUCGUUGAGAUCAUAUGCCGGACGAGCUGGUUGAAAUCCGAGAACAAUUGUGGAAGGAUAGAAAGAGUGUUGAAAGUGCACAACAUGCAGAGAACUCUUGCUCGAUUUGAAGAGUAUCGAGAAAUGGUGAAGAUCAAAGCCACUAAACUUCCCAAGAAGCACCCAAGGUGCAUUGCUGAUGGGAAUGAGCUUUUAAGGUUUUAUGGGACUACUGUGGCCUGCUCUCUUGGCCUAAAUAGUUCCUCAAGUCUAUGUAUAUCAGAAAAAUGUUGUGUUUGUAGGAUUAUAAGAAAUGGGUUUUCUGCAAAGAAGGAGCUCAAGGAAGGUGUAGGCGUUUUCACAACUUCCACAAGCGCAAGAGCCUAUGAAUGCAUUGAAAUAUUGGAAGAGGAUCCAUGUGUUAGGAAAGCUUUGAUAGUCUGCAGAGUAAUUGCUGGGAGGGUUCAUAAGCCAUUGGAUAACAUAAAAGAAAUUGCUGGACAAACUGGGUUUGAUUCUUUGGCUGGAAAAAUGGGACUUUACUCAAAUAUUGAAGAGCUUUAUCUGCUCAAUCCUAGAGCUCUCCUUCCCUGCUUUGUGGUAAUCUGCAAACCCUGAAGAAAGUUCUG